UAACCUAAAAACUUAAAUGUACUACAUACAAGUAACAAGCAACAGUUGUGUUUAUAAUAUCAAGAAUUUGAUAUUGAUAUAAUUACAAGAUAGACAAUUCAUAGUGCUCCUCAAUGGGUUCAAUGAUUCAAUGUAUUUUAUAUAAUUAUUUUUAACCGCGCAGAAAACAGUAUCAACAAUGGAAGAAGAAAUAAAGCGGCUUAAAUCAGAUCUACGAUGUGUGGUUGUGUCGAGUCCUUGUCAGGUGGACACCCGCACACUUCUGCGAGACUACCAAAGCCUGGUUGGUGCUCCGCUGCCUUUCAAGAAGUAUGGAUACCGAGAAGCACUCACAUUCCUGAAGGAACGCUGCAGUGAUCUUUUUGUGUUUCAGGGGCCCGCUUCCAAUCCUGUUCUGACACUGAUAGUACCUGAGCAUCUGCAACACAUUGAUAAAUUUGUUAAGAGUCAGAAGUCCACACCCAAUACUAAAUUCAAAGGUAAAAGAAGAAGUAUUACACAGUCAUCGAAUAAGCUAACGCCAAUACCAGCAGAACCGGACCUGAUCGCUAAGACUUUUUCAUUGGGACAAAAGAAAAGAGUUACAGAUUCACGACCGUCGCAUUCCAGAGAAGCAAUAAAGAGCAGCACGAGCAGAGCUCAGGUCAACGGUGGGUGUCUACCGUCUCAUGCAGCAGAUUCACAACCAUCACCUUCAAGUGAAGCAACGAACAAUUCCAUGAGCACGGCUUGGGCUAGCGGGGGUUAUUUAGUUUCGCAUUCGCCAGAUCCACUUUCAAGUGAAGCAAUAAGAAGCAGCGUAAACAGAGCACAGGUCACUGGAAGGUAUCUACCUCCUCAUGUUGAUGUGGAGACACAGAGUCAGCAUCCUCUCCCAAAACACACACAGAGCUGCCGGGAUAAUGUUAAUCAGCCUCAAACCAAUGAAACAAGUGAGGUUUCAAACAGAAGAAGACUGCCUUUAACGAGUGCCGGCACUCUCGAGUCCUAUCAUAAGAAUGAACCAACACCUGAAAAGGUUUCCACGGCUUCAACAUCAACUCCGGGCCGCGAGGACAGGAGCUCCAGCAGGGGAAGUUCUUCGAGUGAGAAGCGGGCGCAGUUCGCCACGCUGCUGGAGGACAUCCGGAGUAUCGUGGAGGAACACCGGGACGGAGUAUGGUGCAGCGAGAUCCUGCCGCUGUACAAGCAGCGGCACGGCAAGGAGCUCAACUUCCACCGGUUCGGGUAUAAUAGCCUGCUGAGCGUGGUGCGGCUCGUGGAGCAGCUCAACGUGGGCGCGCCCUCUGGCGGCGGCGAGCGGCGCGUGUGGCCGCUGGGUGGCAGCCCGGGUGGCCCCGCCCCCGCGCCCGCGCCCGCGCCCGCGACCGCCCCGCCCCGCGGCGACGACGACGACGCGCUGCCCGGCGUCGACUUUGACCGCGGCGUGUUCCCCGACGACUGCAUCCACUACAUGGAGAGAAUCCCGCGCCUGGAGCUGGGCGGGCUGCGAGCGGGAGACAUGCUGGAGGUGACGCUGGCCGAGGUGUACUCGCCCUCGCACUUCUGGCUGCAGCGGCUCGGGCCGCACCACGACGUGGCCAUGCACGCGCUCAUGGACGAGAUGACGGAGUACUACUCGCGCGGCGCGGGGUGCUCGCGGCGCCUGGCUCGCGGCGCCGUGCGGGUGGGCCACCACGUGGGCGCGCGCUACGAAGGCGACUGGCACCGCGCGCGCAUCGUGCAGCUGCUGGCCCUCGACACUGUCAAGGUGCGGCACGUGGACUACGGCACGGUGGAGCGGUGCGCGGCGGCGGAGCUGCGGCCCCUGCUGCGGGAGUGGGCGCGGCUGCCGGCGCAGGCCGUGCGGGCCCGACUGGCGGGCGUGCGACCGGCCGCCGGCGCGCGACGGUGGCCGCACUCGGCCGCCGCCGCCUUCCUGCGGCGCGUGCGGGACGCGCGGCUCGUGGCCGAGCUCGUGGCCGACCCUACCCAGGACGGAGUCCUGGAGGUGACGCUCAUCGACACCAACACCGAGGACGACGUGUACCUCGCCGACGAGCUGGUGCGGGACGGACACGCCGACCGCGCUCCCGCGCCCGCGCCGGCGUCGGAGUGUUACCUGUUACCCCGCUUCGAGCCGCUGGAGGAGGGCGACACCCCCAACUACGCGGAGAUACACGAGUACCUGCGCGCCGGGGUCACCCUCGACUUCCUCGACCACUACCGCCGGUACGUGCCCCCCCUGCUGCCGCCCUCGCCGCCCCCCUCGCCCCCGCGCGCCCCGCCCCGCCCGCGGCGCCCCCCCGCGCCCCCCGCGCCCCGGCCCCCCGCGCCCCGCGCCCUCAACCCCGCCGCGCCCGAGUACCGGCCGCUGUGGCCGCGCCCGAGGCCCGCGGGCGACCAGGGCGAGGUCAUGAUAGUGCAGCCGCCGCCCGGCUUCGGCGGACGACCGGCCGUGGUGCGGAUAGCGCGGCUGCCGCGGCUGUUGUAA